CGCCUCUGUGGUGCCCGGAAGUGACGUCGCGCACACAGGUCCGGUAUCCGUGGCAGCGGCCGCGGUCGGCGUCGGCCCGGGGCGCAGUGCACGGCGGCCAGGAGGGCAGCUAUGGCCAAGGAUGUCCUGGGGGAGGCGGGGCUGCACUUCGACGAGCUCAACAAGCUGCGUGUGUUGGACCCGGAGGUUAUGCAGCAGACCACAGAGCUCAAGGAGGAGUGCAAGGACUUUGUGGGCAAGAUUGGCCAGUUUCAGAAAAUAGUUGGUGGUCUAAUUGAGCUGGUGGACCAACUUGCAAAGGAAGCUGAAAAUGAGAAGAUGAAGGCCAUUGGCUCUCGGAACUUGCUCAAAUCUAUAGCAAAACAACGAGAAGCCCAGCAGCAGCAACUCCAGGCUCUCAUAGCAGAGAAGAAGAUGCAGCUGGAGAGGUAUCGUGUUGAAUACGAAGCUUUGUGUAAAGUAGAAGCAGAACAAAAUGAAUUUAUCGACCAAUUUAUUUUUCAGAAAUGAACUGAAGAUUUCCCUUUUGUAGGACAAAGGUAGAAAGAAAAAAGUCCCCUAAACAAAAAAAAAAAAACCUCCUCUGUCCCAUUAGAGUGACUGGACCAGGUCCCGGGAGCCAGUAGCCCCACAGGCAUGUGUUCACAAUCCCGUGUCUUCGCCCCUGCCAUCCACCUGAACUGAGCAGGCCACACACCUUGACUCUUGUAAACUCAGCUUUGGAAAGCAAUAAAUUAUUUUCAUGUGG